AUGGACCAAUUUAAACAACUUUGUCAUAAGAAUGGAUACAACGAGUUUCAAAGAAAGGAAUACACCGAUGAGACCACCAUUCGCCGGUUCCUUCGCGCACAGCGAAAUGAUGUUGGCGCUGCCUUCCGACAAUUCCACGAAUGCCAAAAAUGGCGCAGAGCCCAUGAUGUCCGGGGUUUCUACGAAGGCUUAGAUGUCACUGCGUACGACGAAACUCGAAAAAUGAAUCCUCAAUGGACAGGCCGGCGGGACCGAGAAGGCCGACCAGUCUACGUGUAUCAAGUGCGCGAAAUAACCAAAAAGAAGCUAGAUGAUUAUUUCAAGAUGCUAGACACGGCUCCAAGGCCAUCAAGCCAUCUCAAACCAGACGUACCAAUUCAUAUCCUCCACUUCCAUGCGCUCUACGAGAAUCUCUUGCAAUUUACAUUUCCUUUGGCAUCUGAGCUGCCACGGCCAGACCCGGAACAUGAAAUCACCGCAUCUACUCACAUUGUUGAUAUCAGCAAUGUUAGUGUUGUUCAAUUCUGGAAUAUUCGAAAGUAUCUGCAGGAUGCUAGUAGGAUUGGGACGGAAUACUAUCCUGAGACUCUAGCGAGGGUAUUUGUCGUUGGUGCCCCUGCCUUCUUUCGAUCGGUAUGGGAUGCAGCCAGUCAAUGGUUUGCGCCAGAUACAAGAUCACGGAUCUCUAUUCUCGCAUCGUCAAAACUGAAAUCUUCCCUAUUAUCUCAAAUUGAUGCUUCGGACUUGCCUAAAGAAUACGGUGGAGAGCUCGACUGGCAAUGGGGAGAUCCGCCAAAUCUGGAUAGCUCGACGAAGGAACUGGUUGAUGAGCUAUAUCAUAAGUCUGAGCGAAAUGAGGUCUUUUCCAAGGGUCCUAUAAUCUAUGAGGAUGGCUGUAUACGGCUGCUGGGAUCUGUUGACGGGUCACCACGAAGAAACUCCUUCUGUCAUAAUCAGCAUUCUUCGUGA